AUGCGUUUUAUUGUUCCUUUUCUCGCCUUUGCCCUCAUUUUGGAAUCUGUCAUAUUGGCUGUUCAUCCCAAAGGUCGAAAAAGUCUACCUACAAGUCUUCCUGCUUAUCCCAAGGUACAUCGAGUGGACAAGACAUGGUCAUACCGCUCGGCCAAAGCAAAAGGUAAUGUGACGUACUCUGAUCCGUACUUUUGGCUCGAAGGAUCAAAGAAUGAUAAAGACAUUAAAAAAUUCAUUGCAGAUCAAACAAAUACAACGGAAACAUACAUUCAAGGCUGGAAAGGAAAGAACACUACUGUUCAAGCAUUGAAGGAUGCAAACUAUUAUGACAAGUACGGUCCGCGCUGGAACAGAUGGGACCGUUUGGUAUACUGCUUCGAUUCAGAAUUUCAAGCUGCAAGAAAAGAAAAUUUUAAGAACCCGCCAGGUAAACAGUUCUUAAACGAAACUUUACUAAGCGCAGAUGGAAGUGCAAGUGUGCUGUACGUUAAUGCUUCACCAGAUGGAAAAGUGUUUUGCUAUCUCGUAAUCACAGCAGGUGAUGUAGGAACAUGGUAUUUUCGUAAUUUCGAUUCACCUCUGGUACACGCUAAAACGUUUCCCGAUGGCGGUGAAGGUAGAUUAAAAGAUACGCUCACAGUAAGUGCCGAUCAAUUAUUCUGGACUCCCGACAGUAAAGCAAUAUUCUCACCUAAGACUGUCGAGACGGAUGAAGGCACAAAUCCUACUCUUGGAUACAAAAUGCGAUACCAUGUCUGGGGAACGGAGGAAUCGAAGGACAUCAUCAUUUUUGAUUUCAAGAAAGCAGGGGAUCUUGGUGAAUAUUCGUUCUGUUAUACGUAUUUCAGCCCAGAUGGUAAAUGGCUGAUCAUAUCUUUGUUCUUGGAUUCUGAAUACAACAUGAUGACGUACGCCACAAGACUUACAGGUCAAAAGAUCUCUGAAAACAUGAAAUGGAUCUCAUUAUCGCCUUCAUACAAUUUUUCCAUGUUUGCAGGUGGUGUUAUUGACGAUACAUACUACUUCUUAACAAAUAAAGAUUCAAAGAACAGAAAGAUUGCAAAAGUUCACCUUGAUUGGAGCAAGGCACGCAAUGUACACAACUUUACUGAAUUGCAAGAUCAGCCAGAAGUUUUUGAUGUGAUUGCUGAACGCAAAGAUGCAUUAAUCAACUUUGAUGGUUUUCGCAUCACAAAUAGGGACAAAGGUUUGGUAAAUUACAUCGAAAAUGGUCAAAAUACGUUGUAUUCAUAUGAACUCAAGACGGGUGAAUUAAUUCAGCGACUACUUCAGAAUGAGCAACUUUCUUAUACCGACGAUCGAGGCGAUCAAAAUAGCAAUAUCAUGAUCAUGUCUUUCGAUAGCUGGAAUUCACCAAUCAAAAUCUUUGAGUUCAAAUGGAUGAAUGGACAACUCGAUACUUCAACCGUAUUGACAGGUCACAUCAAAGGUUCCAGCCCGGAUGAUUUUACAAUCGAAGAGUUUUAUGCAACCUCAAAAGAUGGUGCAAAGAUUCCAUACUUUCUGACUUACCGUAAAAAUAUCAGGAGGACAGGCAGUAAUCCUACUCUCGUCAACGUUUACGGUAGCUACGGAGAUGUUUAUAGUCUAUAUUAUCGACCUGACUACUUUGAUUUCAUCCGGAGCUACGAUGGCUAUAUGGUCUGGGCUGGAGUACGAGGCGGUGGCGAUAAAGGUGGAUCAUGGCACGAAGCUGCGCAAGGAUUGAAGAAGCAAAAGACGUUUGAUGACACAAUUGCAAUUUUGGAAGACUUAGUCAAACGAAAAAUCACUUCACCGGGAAACCUUAUUCUGGAAGGUAAUUCAGCUGGUGGGUUGGCUGUAGGAGCAGUGGCCAAUCAAGCCCCUGAAGGUCUUCUUGGCGCUGCUUUUCUCGUCAGAGGAAUCUGUGACGUGUUCCAAUUGGAGUUACGGUCAACAAUUGGAAUGGGUAAUGCUGAUGAAUUUGGUGAUGUGACUACGCCUGAAGGGUUCGACUCAGUUUUUGCCUGGUCUCCGUUACAAAAUAUCAAUCCAAAGAAACAAUAUCCUGCUAUUCUAGUAACGCCAGGAUUGUUUGAUGAGCAAACUCCUCCUUCCGGUUGUUUCAAGUUUGUUGCUCAGAUGCAAUAUGAUCACCCCAAAAAUAAAAAGCCGUUACUGAUGUACGUCAAUCCGACCGGCGCUCACUUAUCUGUCACGAUUACGGAAUUGUCUUAUCAGUUCUGUAUCCUGGAGGAGACCUUGGGUAUUCGAAGAACAAAAGACGAAUAG